UUGAUCAAAUGUCUUCCUCUGCCUCCUCCCUCGUAACCCUCAAUUUCUACUCCAGAAUAAGGAAGCACCAGGGUUGAGGAAAAUCAUCUCCUGCUGAAAAGCCAGAAUGACAAGUCUCUGCUAUGCCCGAUGUGUGAGGAGACUGUGGGGUUCAGCACAAGCAUCCCGGCUUCUUAAAGCGACAAAACUGCACAGAUCUGUAUGUCAGCUGCAACAUAAAAAGGUUAUGGAGGAGGAAAAACCAUGGGCUCUGAUCUCAGAGGUGGGCGAGCAGGGUUACCUCGAGAAAGUCACUGAUAUAAUGAAACAACACUUCCAAAUCAUCUGCUACAGAGACUUUCUACAAAACUCUGCGCUGCACGGUCCUAAAAUCAAGGCCAUGUUCGUGUGGAACGCCUGUCCUGCAGCCAAGCCCUCACUGCUCAGUUCACUUCCAUCGCUGAAGGUGGUUGCCAAUGGAGGAGUGGGCAUCGACCACCUUGAUGUGCCGUACAUCACCAGUCUCGGGGUGAAGGUGACCAACACGCCCGGUGUGGUGAGCGAUGCCACUGCAGAUAUUGCCAUGGGUUUGCUUCUGGCAUCAGCACGGAAGAUUGUUGAGGGUCACCAAAUAGCUGUUGACCCCAAGACCACCCACAUACCACAAUGCCUGAUGGGAGUUGAAGUCACAGGGUCGACUCUUGGGAUCAUUGGAAUGGGACACAUCGGAUACAAAAUCGCUCAGAGAGGCAAAGGAUUUGACAUGAAGAUCCUGUAUCACAACAGGAACAGAAGGAGUGUUGAGGAUGAGCAGGCAGUGGGAGCGAGUUUCUGCCAGAACAUGGAUGACCUGCUGAAAGAGUCUGACUUUGUGAUGCUGGCGGUCAACCUGACCCCUGAUACCACCGGUCUGAUCAGCCACAGAGAGCUGUCUCUCAUGAAACCCACAGCAACACUGAUCAAUAUCAGCAGAGGUCUGGUUGUGGACCAGGAUGCUUUAGUUAAAGCUCUGCGGUGCGGAACAAUUCGAGCAGCUGCAUUAGACGUGACUCACCCUGAACCUUUACCAAGGGAUCAUCCUCUACUUGGUCUUUCUAAUGUGCUGAUCACCCCCCAUGUUGGCACCAACACUUACACAACAACCAGAAGGAUGGUGCAGAGGAUGGUAGAAAAUGCUGUGGCUGCAGUGAAAGGCCUACCUAUUCCCAAUGAAGUCAUGCCAAACUGACUUAAAUGAUAGUAAAUUAUCUGUCUGAAUUUAGUAAUGUUUAAUUAAUGGCAUUAGUGUCUCUACUAAGAAAUAGACUAAGUGCUUUUACUUGCUCAUAAAUGAGUUUGAUUGUACUUUGUUCUGUCUAAUGAUCUAUCACAAUCACCCUGACAACUAAUGUAUCAAUUCAAAUCACUCUUCUGUGAACAAGUGUUGGAUAGAAACUGACAUGAUGAUUUUUAAUGUUUUAGUGUAGCCAUAAAACCUUUUUUUGAUUAAAUGACUUUUACAUUAAAAUGCACAGUUUAUGACAAAAUAAAACUACCUCACAUUUUUAAUUUUCAGCAAGUGUACCUCCUUUUGAGGUCCUAUGAACUUUAGGUUUCAUAAAACCUUGCAGAGAUAUGACCUCACAUCCUGGUUUGGUGGCUUUGUUGUAUUUUUUGAUUAGCUGUGACAAACUAACACUUUCGAUAAUCAAAAAUCCAUGUGAUAACUUCUGUAAGGCUUUGUCUGAAGAUAAUCUGUACCAAUUUUU